AUGGUGAUGGGAAUCUCGAAUCUUGCCGUUCCAAAGACACAAAAAGGGGACGAAUCGGGUGGCCCGGAUUCCGACACUCUUCUUUCGUCGUCGCUGCCAAGUGGGGCGUCGAGCACCGGCAAGAAAAAUCAACAGGAUGCAUCUGCCAACAGUCCUCGGAGGUCGCCGACGGGCGGAGGCAUUCGCGGUAAGGGGCAGCACCACCGGGGAGCGGGCGAGAGCGGGCAAGGAACAAGCCAGGGGACCGGAGACUCCGGGAGAAAGGCUGAUCGUCUGGCGGCCUCGAUCUCUCAAGCCCUCAAAGACGCCGGCCUCAACGACGGACGCACCGUGAAACCGUCGGACAUGUUGCGGUUCGGGAUGGGGCUCGGCAUCACCCUAGGCGCAAACGGCUUGCUUGGCGAGUUGGAUGGGAGUGGGAAAAGUGGAAUCACUGGGGCGAGCCCCGGCGGUGGCGGCGGCACUCGUAGUGGUCCAUGGAACGGGGAGGAAAUUGAAGGGACGGGGGGUGUGGAGGCUUGGCUGGCGCCUCCUGUUGUCAAGGUCGGUUUGCUGCACAAGGGGUUUGGCCACGGGCACACGGAACCGGUCGCCAAGAAGGAAGACAGCGCGGUUCUCGACCACAAGAGCGAAGCGGAGCACCUCGCGUCGAUUGUCCGGAACAGCGCAGACCUCAAGACAUCGGAGGAGUUUAAGGGGCUACUGGUGGGAAGAGACAGUCUACUGGUGUCCCUUUGUGAAAAGAUAUAUCUUGCGAAACAACCACCUCCUGCUGGGAGUCUUGAAAGUAACAUUGUUGGACGAUCUGCACCCCGAGAGAAACUGUUGGGGAAGGUGGUGGUUCCUCCUCCUGAACCCACACCUUGUCCCGAUGAGGACUACGGGAUGGUCAACCCAGAGGACAUGGAGGCCGACCCCCGUCGAAAGGCGGAGCUGAGCAUCCCCAUCAUCGCUUACCCGGAGACGCUCUGGAAGAAGCAGUACCGAGGGCACGGGGCAGCCGGAGAGGGCCAGUCCUGGCAGCCGGCGGGGGGCGACCGGGCGGCAAAUCAGCGUGCCAAGAGCUCUCUAGGCGUGCCGAUGAGGAGGACGAACGAGAAAUUACCGGAAGGCUUCCUCAACGCAAUAUCACACACGCACGUCGGAAAGCAGCACUGCGACUACCUACCGCAUGUGCCAAACAUGCCUCAGGCAAGAGCAGUCGGCCGCGUGAAGCCUAGGUCAGCGGCGGAAGAUUGGUUUGCGGUUGGAUUCGAUCCUUGGUCGGCCGGCCGAGAGCCGCUCAGCGCCGAGUUCAUCCCUUCCCUCAGCAUCAAGCAGGGAGACCUCGGUGGCGACGAAGACGGCGGCGGGGUUUCUACCGUACCACAGACCGGAUACCUCGAGCUUAAGGACUCCGCGGGGCACGCAGAGAUGGCAAUCGUCUCAGCAGAAGAGGUGGGGCUUGCUGCAGCGUACUAG